AAAAAAAAAAAAAAAAAAAAAACUCUCCCGAACCCCGAACCGGGCACACCUCUCUUCAACCCGGCCGCCCCUAGUCCCCUGCAGUCCACCCAUGGCGGCGGCGAGCCAGAGCGAUGCGCACCGGCGGGAGCCCAAGCACCGCCGCCCCAUGUGCGGCGUCUGCACGAAGCCCCUCCGCCUUUGCCUCUGCGGCCGCUUCCGCUCCCCGCCGGUGGACACCGCCGUCGGCGUCACCGUGCUGCAGCACGCGAUGGAGGCCCACCACCCGCUCAACUCCACCCGCGUCGCCCGCCUCGGCCUCCGCAACCUCGCCAUCGCCCAGGUCACCGACGUCAACAACCGCGCCCGCUUCCUCCUCACCACGCUCGGAGCCGGCUGCGGCGAUCUUGGAGGCGGAGGAGCCGGUCCUGUUGCCGCCCGUGCUGGAAAUGAUGGCCGUUCCGAUGGGCCUAGGGAGGUUGACAUGCAGAACGGCGAUGCUGUAGCAUUGCGCCGUGAUGUAAUUUGUGGCCAAUCUGAUGAAAAAGUCGGUGCGAAAUGUGCUUUUGAGAAGACAUCGCCCAAUGCUUGUGGUAAUCCUGGGAACGUCCGUGCUGAGAUUUUCUGUGAUUUAAUUGGAGAGGUUGAUUCUCUUGAAUUUGGCCACCACUGUGGUGAAAGUUUUGGAUUCGAGACGAUGACGAAUGAUGUGCAACCUGCUGAUUUUGAAAGGCCAAGCUCUGAAACAAAGCAGAUAGGAACUUGUGCUGUUAAUGUCGUUAACGGUGAAAGCAAUCACAGAAGAGAGACGGGUUUGACAUAUAAGGUAAAGGGUAAUUCGGCCCAUCCUGUAUUAGCAAAUGGCUUGGAAGCUCAUGGGAUAAUCCGCCAUUGUAAUGGCAUAAGCAAAGAAGGUGAAGUUGCUGCUGCUGUUGGGCAAGAUUGGACCAUGAAAAACAUGGAUAAGUGCACUAUCGCAUACACAGAGAAGGAACUCAGGAUCGACAUUGAGUGUGGUGUGAAGCCAAAAAUCAGAUGGUUAUCAAGAGGUCCACUUGGUCAAGCAGCUGUCUUGAAUGGUUUUGUUGUCACGAAGAUACAAACGAAGAAAUCAAAACUCACUGGAGAAGUAACAGAGUUUGAGGAAUUCUCAAUCACCAUACCGCCCAAAUCAGCUCUGCUAUUUCCAUGCCAGUGGGCAAUCAGCAUUGAUGCUUCAGAUUGUCAGGUACAACAUUUGAUUGUGUUGGAUGGCACUUGGGCAAAGGCACAAAGGAUGUACCAUGAGAAUCCAUGGUUACAACUUCUACCACACGUGAAGCUAGAAUCAGAUAGGGUUAGCUUGUAUAGUGAGGUGAGGCAAGAACCAAAGGCUGGGUGCUUGUCUACCAUUGAGAGCAUAGUUGUUGCCAUGAAGAAAUUGGGAGAGCAUACGAAGGGAUUGGAUGAUCUCCUGGAUGUUUUUGAGUCAAUGAUUGCUGAUCAGCGGCGAUGCAAGGAUGAAAAUGUGAAACAAAAACUGAAGUCCCAGUCAUGAAACCAUGUCGUCAGUUUGUUGUCUAAUUUCUUAUGACCUCUGGAUGCAUUUUUCAGUUCAGAUGACAUCUAUUCACUAUUUCAUACCAGAAAUUUUUUAUUGGCUAAAAGUACAUAGCAGAUGGUGUUUUUUAAGUUUUAUCGCCAUUUCCUGGAUUGUAGUGGCAGGGCAGACAUGAUUCCAGGGUACACCUUGUUCUCAGAUCAAAUAUAAUUCUUUUCUCAUUACUGCCAAGCUGGCAUACACAUCUGUUUUGUAUUAGAUAUGGACCUAUGGUACUCUUUGAAUAGGACGAGUUCCUAUCUGCUUUGUUAUUCUCCCGUUUAGCUUCUGUUUGGUACAACCUGCAUUGCUUCUGUUUUUAUUCUCCUGUUCUGUCAAAAAAUCACUUCCAAGUGCUGCUAAAGUUUAGCUGCUUACAGUAAAUUAGUUAGUCGACCACCAUUGAUCAUGAACCAGUUAAGAUUUUCUUGCCUUCUCCAAUGUUCCAUGCAUUUGGAGUUUGGUACCAAAAAAAAAAUUCAAAAACUGAGUUGCUAGGAAAUAUUUCUUUUGCCAUUAAGGACUGUCAUAUUCUUCUUUCUGCCAUUGAAAUUCCGCACAUCGCGUUUCUUCAAUUCUCAGUCUAUUUAUGUCAUUUUGACUCUGCCGAAACAAGAGGAGUUUUGAUGGGAGGAUGGCACGAAUGAGAAGCGUAAACUAUAGCUUUUCAUGUUUUGAUCCUGCACAUAGUCAUAAACUGCAAAACAGAAUAGAGUUCCUACGGAACGGUGUGAGAAACGAAUAGAGAGCGUAUUCAAAUCAAGCAAGGGGCUCAAGUGAAAGUUUUCACUUUAUUCAGUUUGAAAGUCUUACUUCGCUUUUGAAAGGUUCAAUUUUUAA